AUGCAACAUUUGUCAGAGUCGGUAUACGAAGGACUGUGCUGUAUUGUAGGAACCUCACGAGUUGUAGCCAUGAGGAGAGAUGUGGUGGAUAUUGUGGAGAUAGUAGGAAACCAAUUACUAAAGAAUUUUCAUAAAAUGUUAAGUGGAAGUCAGAAAGAAGGCUUACGAUUGAAAGGAUCUGACUUUGACAACAUGAUAUGGACAACACACGACAAAGUGAUAUGGAAUUUAUCUCAGACUAGAUAUCAUCAGGAAGUUAGACAAAGAUUAAUUCUAGCGGAUGUCAGACAUAGUCCUCCAGGAUUCGCUUUACUUCAGAAUUUCGGUAGUUGGCUUGACUUUACAGAUAAACCUGAUUCUUUUAUGCAUGGUCCAUGUGUCAGUGGAGUGAGUUAUAACGGUGUAGAAUAUGAUUUUGCCUACUGUUUUGCUAGUGAUUUUUGGCCUCCAUCUGCUUCCUCAUGGAUUGACAGAUGUCACUCUUGGCCCCAGCCUGCUGUUGUUAAUGAUGUAGUAAAAAGUGGAUGUCACUUUGUACCAAUUGGACAUAAACUAGGAAACCAUCCAGAUGAAGAAUGGAGAAUUUCUUUCUCUCUGGCAGAACAAAAACUUGUCUAUGCAAUGAACCAUUGUCAAUUACUUGUGUAUGGACUCCUUAAAAUAUCAUUAAAGGAAGUAUUUUACAUAAUGCUUGGGAAUAGCUGUAACUUACUGUGUUCCUAUCAUAUGAAGACAGCAAUAUUCUGGGUGCUCCAACAAAACUUUAUUCCUUACUGGCAUCCACAAAAUCUCCUGGAGUGUUUCUGGGUAUGCUUUAAGCUCAUCCUUAAAUGGGUCUACGAGGGUAUCUGUCCUAACUUUUUUAUUCCAGAAAACAACAUGUGUCUUCAAAAUAUCUAUGGUGAAGCACAAAAGAAUUUAUUCAAUGGAUUACAUACACUCUAUCUGAGGGGAAUAUCAUUUCUGCUAUUCAGUCCCUCAAUUAGGCCUUAUCUUGUUAUUUAUGUUCUUCAAAAUCCUAGACUCUACAUUUGUACAGAUGAAUGUACUAUCAUUUCUGAGUUUGAUUUUGAAAUGAAACUAUUUAAGGAGAUUAAGGGACAAGCAAGAUUACAUGUACCUGUAGCAGACUUCAAUACAUUUAUGAAAGCCUUAAACAUAAUAGAACAACUCUAUAUCAAUGGUUCUUCCCUCUCUCCAUACCAUUUUUUUACAUUAAAGAGACUUAGAGUGGUGGCACUUCAAAAUACUACUUUCUUAUUACACAUGCACAUUAACUCUGGUGCAAUUAACAAAUUGAGGUAUAGUGCUGACAAAUUAGCCCGAAAUAUGCUUAAAUUAGCAGCCAAGACUGACUGUAUUUCUGACCUGUUGUACCUUGGAAUUUAUUAUUACAAGACAUUUAGAUUUAAGGAAGCUUUAUCUGUUAUAAAAAAGACAAAAGACAAGUUAGCACAACCUUAUUUGGUGUAUGAAAGUUAUACCGAAGCUUUUGGAGAACAUACUUGGUCUGCAACAAUGAGAGAGACUCGAGCAAUUGAAAUAAUACUUUUCAAUAAAAUCUGUUAUAUCAAUGAAUUAAUGCCAGAACAAGAGUCUAGUUUACAGAAUAGAUCAGGAGUAUUAGUGAUUAAUGUCCACAUAUUUUCACACAUGUUAGAAUUCUUUUGCUAUUGCAACAUUGACCCAAUAAAAGCAAAAUCAGCAUUAGAUGAUCUUCAAAACAUUGUAUACAAUUAUCAGGGGUUUAACCAUAAAGAAUUGAGGGACAUUGUCUGGCAAAUUCUUGGGAUAUGCCAACAGAUGGCAGGGGAGCUGCAGGCUGCUCUACACUCUUACCAACAAUCCCUCCAGUAUAAAUACCACGGAAUACAAAGAGCUACACUAAUGAGAGUACAAAGUCUACACUGUGAAGGUGGUCUAUAA